UUAAACCGCCGUAUUUUGUUGUGUGCGCUUUCGUUCCAGUCCCUUAAUCACUUUAGACUUUGUGGCAUCAUUUUUUAGAGGGAAAACAAGGCAAGAUGACAGAGAAAACAAGACAAGACGCGAAGUUGAUUGUGACAGUGUUCAUUCAAAGUUAAAACAAAUUAUGACCCUGCAAGAAACGCUUGAUGCGGCAGGCGAUGAGGAUGAACAACGGGCGCUGGAAGAAGAUACAACAGGAGUGAUGCUAUGGGUGUUUUGGGCGGGAAUUCAUCGGGAAGUGAAAUACGUACCAGAAAAGAUCGUCUACCAUGUUGUAGAAAACGACGGUGUGACCGAUGGUGAAGCAGGCAGGCAACACGGGAGUCUGUGCGAUAUUGCAGAGAUAUUCCGAAAAGCACUCUCCAAACCUGUCAACGAUGAUCAAGCUCACUUGCGACGGAUCAUGGCCGAUGCCGAAGCGGGUGUGUUGAAAUACGAAUUACUCCGUUCCGCGUGCGUUGCACUGCCCUCGGGGAGGCGAAGCGAUGUACUGCUUCCCCAAGAAGUCAAGGCUGCAAAUACAGCAGGAGAACAUGACCAGCAGUCGGACAACACAAAUGCCUCUAUAACUGAGGUCCCCGCGGACAGUGCUUGAUGACCUGGGUUUCGUUAAGGGUCCUUGUAAGCAUAUGCUUACUACUUCCUGCUCUGACAUACAGAUAUCUAGUUCUGGUUGAUUGCUCUUGUCCUGUCUCUGUGCC